AUUGUAUUGUAGAGUAUUGUAGUGUAUUAUAGAGAAAAUACCCACAGCAUAGCCUAUUAUAAAGUCUUGGCUCAUUUUCAGCACAAAUAAAUCCAUCCACCUGCAAACUGCUGGAGACGGCACACAUUGCUUUGAGUUUCAUAAACACCAUCACAUCUGAAUAAAACACCCGUCAACACAGAAUCUGUCAUUUUGUACAAGAUAGCAUUUUCCUUGCAAACUUUUAAACAUCAUAGUGGGGGUUUUUAGACAAGGAAUAGAAAUGAUUUGUCUCUAAGCGAACAAGUACCUCUGAGUAAUUUCUCAGAGAAAUGGCCAGAGAAGCUUUUGAAAGUUUAAUGGUUGUGCUAUUUAUGUAAGUGCUGUAUGCAGGAGUGUGACGUGUCUGUUGCUGGCGGCCAUGAGCUUUGGACAUGCUUUGAAGCCGUGUCUGGUCCCCUUAGCUGUGUUUCUAAUGCCUAAUCUGCUUCUUCUCCUGCAGGGACCGGGGCUUUUUUCAAAGGCACUGUUUUCAUAAUGCUGCUCCUGAAUGUGAGACUCAAAGGAAAAUUCAAAGAAGCCUCUAUUGCGAAAGGAUGUCAUCUGCAGCUGUCGGUCGACAAUAUGACAACAAGGGUGACAGGCACAGCUAUCAAAUGCAAUGUCAUAUACACUGUUCUUUGUCAGAAGCACAACACGAUUGAAAAGGUAACCUGUAGGCUCUGCCGCUUGUCCUUUUUUUACCAUAGCCUAUUAAGUAUUAUGUGACCUUGCAGGCUUUUGAACGCACAGUAAAAACGGGGACAUUCAUGCUGUUCGCCACAGCUUCAGCUGGAGACAAGCCAUAAAAAAAUGCUUGUCUAGUGUGGAAAGCCAUCUGUAUUUGGCAUUUUGUGUGACCCACAUAUAUUCCUGCAGGGACAGCGGAUAAGAAAAUCUGGCCAUGUUUUGACAAGGCAGUGUAGAGAAAUUACAGUUGUAGUGGAGGAAUGUGUUUAAUAUAUGUAGGGAGGAAACAUCACUUUUGACAACAAAACUUGAAAUGCUGCAUUGACAGUUCAGAAAAUGUUACUAGUAAGGGAGUGACUUUUCUGGAGUAAGAUAAGUCAGGGUUCGAAUUGAGGGGGGAGUGGAGCGGUCCCGGACCCCUCAUAAGGUCUAAAAUAAUUACCCCUGGUUUUUCGUUAAAAAAAAAGUUUUUAGUCUAGUUUUAGUCAAAUAGUCAUGCUAAAACAAAACACUAUUGUCUGUUAUUUGUAUAAAUUUAAUAAGACGCAAAUUAAAAUUACAUUUUUAUCCAUGCAUGCUCAAGCACGCCACAUGGUGUUCAAUGAAGACAUGUACAGAGAUGUCGCACUGAGACACUGGCCGUGUACGGAUUUUCUCAUAUUGAAAGCGUUUAUCUUAAAACUCAACAGUUAAUUUUGAUAUUAAGUCUUUCUUUAUGUACGCUGUUAUCUCACAUUGUCAAAACAGAUGAGGUGCGGUACUGAGGGACAUACAGGUGGUGGAAAACAUAAGAAAGGUAGCGAAAAUAAUUUAAAUCUUUUGCUCUCCCCAAGAACAUUGCGUUCAUGUGACAAACUUUUGCGUUUCCCCAAAAAUAUUUUUCUUUCCCUCAGAAAACGUUCACAUUUCCCAGAGAUUAUUUUGCACUCCCUUCUGCAAACAUGAGCUCCGACUUUGACCAGAAGGCUUUCGCCCACAGGAAUGACAUUAGUUUAUUCUGCAUUGGUUCAUAUGGAUUAUUUUUAUAUACUUGUACACGGUGACUGGCUGUUGUGGCAGCACAGCCACUGCUGACUUUGAGGCGAUCCUCUCCCUCACUCGUUCCAAAUAAUUUUUUAUUAAUAUUGCAAAAAAAGGGAACAGCACUGCAUUACAAUAAUAUAAAGAAAAAAAAUCAAAGGACAAUAAAUGAUCUCUACCUCAUGUGGAUCUCUUUUAAUGGAUUAUCAACAUUUUAAGGACAUUUAUGUGUCUAAUGUGGUUAAAUUACUGUGACCCAAACUAUCAUGUGAUUGAUGUAGCCUACUGGCAGCUCCGUCUAUUUUUUUUAGGGCUGGUUAUGGGACCCCCCAAGAGCUUUGACACAAUUCGAACACUGAGAUAAGUUACUUGAGAACAAUAACACCACAUGAUCUAUACAGUAUAUGCUCUAAUACAGAAAUAAAAUGUACAUAAACAUUAGCCAGUGUUUGAAAUUUUCUGAUUCACUACACACUUUGGGGCGGUUUCCUGGACAGGGCUUAAAACUAGUCCCAGAAUAAUUUAAAUGUUAGAGGUGUCUUCAUCGAAAACAACUUACACUGACAUAUCUUAAAAUAUAUCAGUGCGGUUGUUUUGUCUCGAGAUGCACACCAGUAAUGUUUUUGUGAGGUAUGUUUUUUUAAAACGAUUUAAAUAUCCUAAUUUAACUAAAGCCUAGUCCUGGUUUCAGAUAAUCCCUGUCUGGGAAACCACCUCUUAGUUUCUGUUUUACAGACUAGAACCAUGCAGCAUGCAGGAGUUUUAUUAUGUUCUUGAAUGUUAUAAUUGCAUGGGUGGAGCAGGGCAUCCUUCCUGCAGCUUUGGUUUCAGUCAGGAAACAACCCUUCCCAUGUCAUAGGCAUUUGAAUUGUUAAUUAACUAAUUCAUUAAAAUGUGUAUUGCUAAUUAAAAAAAACUGCACUGAGUCACCUAUGUGUCUCUCAUCAGUGGAGUUCAAGCAUCAAUACUCAAGAAUCUGUGGACAAAGCUGACUUGGUUCCUGCCUGCAGCACCAAUCAAUCUGGUGGGCUAUUCUAACAGGGUGGAUUCUUACAACAGUACCUUCUAUGAUUUUCAGGCGAUUACCAUAUAAUUUUUUAUGGGGAUGCAUUGAGAAAUGUGAAUUGUUGAUGGCGUGCUGUCAGUUCCAUAAACUUGUGUUUAUGAACUCACAUCUCUUUAAAGGUCCAGUGUGUAAUUUUUUGAAGGAUCUAUUGACAGAAAUGCAAUAUAAUAUACAUAACUAUAUUUCUACAUACACCACGGGUCUCCUUAUACAUGGAAUUCUCCAUGUUGUUUCUACAGUAGCCCUAAACGGACAAACUGCUCUACAGAGCGCGUUUCGUAAAUACGUUAUCUCCUUUGGCAAAGAAGCGAAAACACGACAACAUCUUAGUUCUGUGUCAGCCACCGUAGUGCUUCGAAAGGUACAGGGAAAGUGGAAUGAGCCGUUGGUUUUCAAUUCGUUAUCUUGAUGCCGCUAAAAUCUCCACAUUGCUUUAAAGAUUCACCCAAAAAUAAAAAAUAGUGUAAAAAUCACUAUGUUUGUACAGAUUUACUGUGCAGUAUGUUGUGUUUCUUUAAAGUAUUUAUCACUUUAAUUCACACUGUGAAGGAUAUUGUAGCAUUUGUCAUUGGUACAGUAAGUCAAGCUUUUUAGGGGGUCUGCCUAAUAAAUACAAGUAAAUGUUUUUCUAAAUUUUUUUCUCUGUGUCAUUAACAUUUGUCAUUAUCAAACACCGAAAAAUGUCAGAGUUGUCGGUGUUAAGCUGUGUAAUGUGUUUUUCUUCAGUAGAGCAGGGGUGAUCAUUGCUCUGACAGUGCUCUACCCCUCAAGGGCUAUUCCGUGUUCAUCCACACGUCCAACUGUGUUCUGGAGAAUGUAGCGGGAAAGGAGGGAGAGAUGCACAAAGAAAGCAUUGACGAAAUGAGGAACCGAGAAAGAUGGCCAAAGAAAUGAGGCCGGUCAGCUCAGUUCAGACAAGAGAAACCGAAGAGUAGAAUCAUCGAGGAGUACGUUGACAGCUACGGUACGGAUUGUGACAUCCCGCCUUGUCCUCUCUUUUCCCCGGAGUGCCGUCCGCGCCAGCACAGACAAUGUCAAUCACAGAAAAUAGAAGCAACUGCCACAGACUGCUAUGACUCUUUUGUUGCGAAUGACUGAAAUCUGACAGACAGCUGGAAAUCCCGUUAGACGCAUAAAAGGGACCCAAAACGGCUCCGCAUCACAUCAAAGCUCGCUGCCGAGCCGUAGGGUCACACGAGGACGUUCAAAUAUGUGGGCACGAGGGUAAAUUUGGACAGCGGCGGGAUUAAAUGGGCAAUCUGAUGGGAAGCUGGAGAUAUAAGGAGCCGAGCACCGUGGAGGAAUGCGACUCGACGUGGGAAAGCGACUCGGAGAGCGAUGAGCAGCAUCAGCAGCAGCUGGGAGAAGAGGAGGAGGACAGCGGCAUCUCUGAGUCCAUCAGCCCGUCAGAAACAGGCAGAGGAACGGAGCAGCUGGAUCACGGAUCGCCGCAGUUUGUUGAUAUGCUGGAAUCCUCCACCAGAAUGAAAAGGAGUUUUUAUGCAGCCAAGGACCUGUACAAGUAUCGCCAUAGUUAUCCGAACUACAAAGAACCCCGACGGACGAAUGAGUACCGCAAUCUUAGGUUCUAUCUCAAUAAAAUACCCCUUGUGCCAGAUGGUAUUUAUAUUGAAGAAAUCCUCACCAAAUGGAGGGGAGACUAUGACAAGCUAGAGCACAAUCACACAUACAUUCAAUGGCUUUUCCCACUCAGAGAACAAGGCCUCAAUUUUUAUGCUCAAGAACUCACUCAGGAUGAGAUAAAGGAAUUCCAAAGCACUCGGGAAGCCAAGAGACGCUUCCUCCUAGCCUACACCAUCAUGUUGGAUUUCUUUGGGAUCAAGCUCCUGGAUAAAAAUGGGAAUGUGGCUCGAGCUCAGAACUGGCAAGACCGCUUUCAGCAUCUGAAUGAGUCACAGCACAACUAUCUGCGUAUAACCCGUAUUCUGAAGAGCCUCGGUGAGCUGGGCUUCGAACACUUCAAGUUGCCUCUUGUUCGUCUGCUGCUAGAGGAGGCGCUGGUCGAGGGCACUUUACCCAACAUGCGUCACAGCACACUGGAGUAUUUUGUCUACACUCUGCGCCAACACUCUCAGAGACGCGCCCUGCUCCGCUUCGCCCAGCGCCACUACCACCCGCCAGAGAACUUCAUCUGGGGUCCUCCCAGGAGGAAACGUGGUCCUGGGACAUCUGGAUGUGCUGGGACAAGAGCUGGGAAGCCGGAGGUCACGGACAGGAGCGCAGGGAAAGCAAGGUCUCCUAAAGAGGGCAGGAAUCAGAGUAACUUAGAGAGAGAGACAGAGGAUACAGACAGGAGUGAGGAGUGGAUAAUGGCGAAAGGACGGAUAGAUACAGAAGAAUACAUUGAGACCAUUCCGCUGUAAAAAUAAAAACAGGGGAAUUCUGGGAAAGCAGGUGCGCAGGUCAGUUUAGGCUGAGGUUAAAGUUAGGAAAAAGAACGGCACAGCAAUAUUAUUCCAUAUCUUGGCCUUUUAGAGACUUUGUGAUCAACUUGACUGUUUGGCAUUUCUUUUUUAAAAACAGGGUUUUUAUUAACUCUGAAUACUUGUAAGCUGAUAAAUUUAUCUAUUGUAGUUCUUGUCGAUAUUUGCAGUCCUAUAAAGAGUUCUUAGCAAUGUGUGAAUAUAAACAGUGUAAGUGCUGCAGUACCUGACAUGAUAACACACGUGUGUGUUUGUGUGAAAUAUUGCACUUUUGACUAUCUAGUCUUCCCCUGUGGGAGAACAUUAUUCUAAUCUACAGACAUUGAGACAUUGCUGUCUCUCAGUUAUUCUCUGUGUUUAGAUCUGGCGUGAGUUUCUUAUAUCCGAUACUUGUAGCUCCUUGUAACAAUUCAUUAGGAUAGUGUGAAUAUACAUUCAGGAAUCUUCAGGUAAUUAACAACCAUGUAUGUUUGUAUAGAUAUGAGUGAGGUAACCACUUUAAUCCAGUUCUCUAAUAAGUCUUGCAAUAUAAAGUGCCUAUUUGAUUUUUUACAGCAUAUGUACGUGCUAGUGUGUAUGCUGCCUUUCUAAUCAAACUUAUGUGAAUAGUGUAUGAGUGAAGACAAUCAGGGCUAUUAAUGGUCACAUCCACAUACAAUACAUAUAUAUGAGCCGAUUUAUUAGUAUUGAUGACGUAUACUCAGAGGGCUUGGCAAUACCUCCACAUCUGUGUGUAUGUGUGCGAAUGUUAUCAAGUUCUGCCUUUUUGAUUUAGAAGGGAAAUGAUGACGAGGAGCAGAAAUAUAUCUACUACUAUCCCUCUGUCGUCUUACUCUAGUUUGGAGAGAAAAUAGUGGGUGGUAUGCGGUUACCAAGCCUCUUUCACACACAUUUUACAUUAAACAUUGAGGGCUAUAACACCCCUGUUCUUGGCAAUCUUUCCAUCUUGAUUUUAUUUUAGUCAGUAUUUGCUUUGUAACCCAAGGUUCAUUAAACCUAUUUUGCUCUCUGAUUCCUCCAAAUGGACAGAAAGUGUUUAAUAUCAGGAAACAAAUUAUUUAUAUUUUUCCUUAAAAGAAUGUUCCAGGUUCAAUACAUGCUAAGCUCUAUCAACAGCAUUUAUGGCAUAAAGUGAUAGGUCACCCAAAAUGAAAAUUCUGUCAUCAUUUACUCACCUUGUUAUUUUAAACCUGUAUGACUUUAUUUCUUCAGCCGGACACAAAAGAAGACAUUUUGAAGAAAUUUGGUAACCGAACAUCACCGGUCCCCAUUCACUUCUAUUGUAUGGACACAAAACCAAUGCAAGUGAAUGGGGGCCAGUUAACAACAUUCUUCAAAAUAUCUUCUUUUGUGUUCUGAGGAAGAAAGUCAUACAGAUUUGAAAUGACAAGAGGGUGAGUAAAUGAUGACAGAAUUAUUUUUUUUAUUUUAAAAAAGCUUCACAUUUUUGUUGUUAAACCCUUUGCAAUGUCAAUCUAUUGAAUUAUUAAUAACUGUGUACAACAAGUUGAAAAUAUUCUCUAUAAAAAAACAAAUAUGCUAAAAAAUACAAUGGACUUAUUAAACCUGGAACAUUCUUUUGUGAACCUGUGGUUUUAAAGACUGUUUAAAGAUUCUCUUCUAUUAAUUCUCUCAAGCCAGAGAAACCACAAUAAUCUUUCAGUGUAUCUCGUACUUGUGUGGUAACUGUUUGACGGUCUCAUGCAAGUCACUGUUUUUCUAUGUAACUUUAUUGGUAAGUGAUGAUUUGUAUAUCGUGGCCUAAUAAAGUGCAGCUCUU